AUGGUUAAGGUUGAUGGAACCGCUGAAGAGGAAGAAGUCGGAACAGUGGACAUGGUUGUUCAGUGUAGAAUAAGCGAUGACAGAGGGGAAACAUGUGACGUCAAUCACAGAAGAAAGGAGCAGCAAACUGUUCUUGAACCAGUCUUGAACAACCGACCACAGAAGAACAAAAUCGAUCCAAAAGGGAACGAGAAAGAAAAAAAUUGUGGAUUCAUUCAAAUUGGGUUUGAUCAGACGUUCAAAAACUACAAAUCCCAGUGUCCCCUGUUUUUUCUUUCCAGAGCACUUCCAAGCCAUAAUGAGUGAAGCCGAAGCAAGUAAUCACGCUAUAGAACCAUAUAUAACCAAAGAUAUUGGGACAAAUGAUUAUGUUGAAGUAACAUAUGAAUGUGAAAAUAUAAACAAUAUCGGUGUGAACAUUGAAUUUGAUGAAGAUGAUGUUAAUGAUGUUAAUGAUGAAAGGAUAUUGGGAAAGGUUUUUGAUACACCCGAUGAUGCCUAUACAUUUUAUAAUGAUUAUUCAUUUAUGCAUGGCUUUGGUAUACGUAGAGAUGACACAAUUAAAAAUCCCAAAACAAAUGAGCCUUUUCGGAAGAUAUAUGUAUGCAACAAAGAAGGCUUCAAAAGGAUGGAUAAAGAUGCUUCAAGCGAAAAUGAGAAAAAAAACGUCGUAGAGAUGUUAGAACCGGAUGUCAAGCAAAGCUUCGAAUAACAAGACAGGAGGAUGGGAAAUGAUUGGUGGACUCGUUUAAUGACACACACAAUCACGACUUGACCAUGACACCUACAAAGCUACAAACACUUUAUCAUGAAGAGAAGGCAAAGAUUCCAACAAGGCUUUGCAAAUUUUACUUUGGACAAAGUUUGUUUUUGUUAAAAUCCUUUGAUCCCAAAUAUUUUGGGCUCUUAACAUGUCCAUUAUUAUGCAAAAAUGAUUUCCAGAUCAUGGAACCUGCAACAAGGGUAUUUCAGUCAUUAGUUAGUAAGGAUGUAUAUAACUUAUAAGGACAAGAUUUAUUACACGAA